AUGUUUCUGGCCUUAGUGGUGACGCCAGAGCUGAGAGAGUUUCUGGCCCGGGCAAGAGGGGGAGCGGUGCGCCUCAUUAAAGUGCGCAUACAAGACGAGCAGCUGGUGCUGGGAGCCUACAGGGAACCAGAGCAGAGCUGGGACCAGGACUACGACCACUUCCUGCUACCUCUGCUGGACCGACAAGAGCCCUGCUAUGUGCUUUACCGUUUGGACUCCCAAAAUGCGCUUGGCUUUGAGUGGCUCUUUCUUUCCUGGUCGCCUGAUCAGUCGCCUGUCAAAGACAAGAUGGUGUACGCUGCAACUCGUGCUACCGUGAAGAAAGAGUUUGGUGGUGGCCAUGUCAAGUAUGAAAUGUUUGGCACAAUGGAGGAGGACGUCUGCUUGUCAGGCUACCAGCGUCAUGUGUCGUCGUUUUCAGGUCCCGCCCCGCUCACGCAAGCUGAGCAAGAACUGCAGAGGAUCAAGCUCACUGAGGGCCAAGUCAAACAGGUGACAUCUGAGAACAGCGUGGAUAGUAAGCAGCAAAACCUUCAAGGCCUGGCUUUCCCAAUGCAGGAGACGGCCAGACAAGCACUCCAGCAGCUUGCGCAGCAGCAGAUUAACUAUAUACAGCUGAAACUGGACGUGGAGAAGGAGACCAUCGAGCUGGUUCAUUGCCACCCGACGGACACCCGGGACUUGCCUUGCAGGGUUCCCAAAAACACGCCGAGAUAUCACUUCUUCCUCUACAAACACUUGCACGAGGGCGACUACCUCGAAUCCAUUGUGUUCAUCUACUCCAUGCCGGGAUACAGCUGUAGUGUUAAGGAGAGAAUGCUCUACUCCAGCUGCAAGAGUCGACUCCUGGAGGAGGCGGAGAGAGAUUAUCAACUCCAGGUCGCUAAAAAGUUGGAAAUUGACGAUGGAGACGAUCUGACAGAGGAGUUUCUGUACGAAGAGGUCCAUCCCAAGCAGCAUGCCUUCAAGCAGGCCUUUGCCAAGCCGCGUGGCCCCGCAGGCAAGAGGGGACACAGGCGUCUCAUUAAGGCCCCCGACGAGAUCUUCGUCUACUUUGCCCCUGUGCACCUUUGGAAGAACAUCUACAGCAGCUUCUACAACAAUGUCUGUAUGGUGCUACCCAGGUGUCCUGGGGCUGAAGAGCCUGAGAGGAUGAGGACUGCCCGAUUCUUAAGCCGGAAGGAUCUGGCCAGGUGGGAGAACUACAAGCCUGUGAAGGCCGGCUACAAGUUGACCCAGAAGCACGGUCGCAUGGGCAAGGAGGAACAUAGGGACACACAGGGCCAACAUCUUGGAGAUGUUCCAGAGUACAAGGGAGACCUGGAGACGGGCUGGGCGGUCUUCAAGCGGCCAUCUCUCCCCAUGGCCCACAUGAUGUCCUUCGGAACGUCGCUGUGGGACUCCCUGAUAAGCGAGGAAGAACAAGGUCUUGAAGUGGCUGGCCGGCAGGACAAGGAACAGAGUCAAGAGGGCAGAAAUGAGAUGGCAAGGAACAGGGACUUGUACAAGUUGAGGUGA